AUGGAAGUGGAGAGUCUCGGUGGUAGCAGAUAUUUCGUGACGUUUAUUGAUGAUGCUUCACGAAAAUUGUGGGUGUAUUUCUUGAGAACGAAAGGUGAAGUUUUUCAAUACUUCAAAAGGUUUCAUGCUAUGGUGGAGAGACAGGCUGGUAAACCCUUGAAGUGUCUUCGUUCAGAUAAUGGGGGGGAGUAUACUUCCCAUGAAUUCAAGAAUUAUUGUGCCGAGCAUGGCAUCAGGCAUGAGAAGACUGUACCUGAGAAGACUGUACCCCACAACAUAAUGGUGUGGCUGAAAGAAUCAACAGAACCAUUAUGGAGAAAGUGA